AUGAUUCCUCGACUAACGUUUCUCUGCCCGCACAACAAUAUUUCAAGAAAACUUGAAAAUAAAAAUUUAAAAUCUGGACUGUGGGAAUAUUCCAUGGGAACCUCUCAUUGUUUCCCCUUCGUCCAAUUUACUAAGCAAGUGGCAGUAGUCGUGCUUUAUAUAUCAGCGAGGCUCAAAACUGCUUACAUUCAAUUACAGUAA